GCUUUUUGUUGUCGGCAAUCAGUAGGGUUGCCUGAAUUUCGUUUUUCCAUUUGCGCACCUCAGUCCCCAACAAGAAGUUGCAGUGUACCCACAACAAACUUAUUAAAAGCGCUCAAAAGCGCGAUUAAGCGACAAAGCGCAGGUGAGCGCAUCACCUGCGCCUGGCUUUUGAGAAGCGCUUGGGAGUGAGAAAGCGUCGCUUUACCGUCGCCUUUUCGGAGCUCGCUUGGGAGAAAAGCGUUCGCUUUUCAUCGCUUCUCACAGAAAAUGGUCAUUUGACCAGUCAACUUUUUUUUAGAUUUAGUUUUAUCUGCCCGUCGCUACAACUUAGGGUUAUCUAGGAGAGUCAUUCGACACUUUCGACACUCUACACAGCCGCAGGCCCGCAGGUGAAGACUGAAGAAGUGGGAGGUGAAGAAGCCGCCGGUGAAGAAAGAGGCAGAGAGUUCACCUCUUCGCCCACACUUCCCUCCGGAUAGAAAUCGCCCACUCGCAGGUGAGCCGCAGAUCAUAAAGUCAGAAUAGGCAUAUAUAAUUGUGAUUUCAGUUUACUUGGAUGGCAUUAGUCGUCAUUUGUGGCCAACCUUGUAGUGGGAAGUCGACUGCGGCAGCCUGCUUAGCCGAUGCUCUUAACAACACUGAUUCCAAACCUUCCGUCAGAAUAAUUGAUGAAACAUCCUUUCAUCUUAGUCGUAACCAAACCUAUGCUGACAUGAUCGCUGAAAAGAACCUACGGGGAAUUUUAAGGUCGGAAGUCGACAGAUCUUUGUCAAGAGACAAUGUUAUCAUCGUUGACUCCUUGAACAGCAUAAAAGGUUACAGAUAUGAACUGUGGUGCUUGGCUCGAGCGGCCGGGAUGAGAUAUUGUGUAUUGCACUGUGAUGUGGAUGACAACAUGUGCCAAACAUGGAAUAAUGAACGUAAAGAGAAAGGUGAACCUGUGUAUGAUGAUGUAAUUUUUCAAGAUCUGGUGAGAAGGUUUGAGAGGCCAGAUAGCAGAAACAGAUGGGAUUCUCCAUUGUUUGAGCUAUGGCCGUCUAGAGAUGGGAUUGACAAAUCUAACCAAGCUAUUGUAGAUGCUGUUCUGUAUCUGACUAAAAGAGUUGACUCGAAAACAAGGGACGUCAAGAUCUUACAGCCAACAAUUGCGACACAAAGUGCUCGAGCAUCAGAGGCUAAUUCUCUAUAUGAGAUGGACAAAGCGACUCAAGAAGUGAUCAAUGCUAUUGUUGAAGCACAAUCUAGUGCACUUGGGGGCUCAAUCAAUGGUGUAUUUAUAGGGACAGGGUUGCCUAGCGUUGAUAUUUCAAAACAUGUUAGCUUGCCGGAGUUGCGAAGGCUUCGUCGGACCUUCAUUAAGCUUACUGGGCAGACUAGCCUGAGUGGGCCACCCCCUCCUUCAGAUGCUUGCAGCUCCAAGAGAAUGUUUGUCGAUUACUUAAAUAGAGAACUGGGAAACAAUUGAAGGAGAUUAAUCAUGAUGGUGAUGGUGAUUGUUCUUCAGCAGCAAUGCAUAAUGGAUGUCAUUCCGAAGAUGUAUACCGCAUACAUGGAGGAUUUUUAUCUGGUAAUUGGAUUGUGCAUUUUUUGUUUUGUAUCAGAAACUUACUCAAACACGCACUUCAGGCACUAGUCAUGAGUUACAUUGAAGUCAAUGUUGAGUAAUUUACUAAAUUGUUUUUCAGUUUGAUCUUAGAUGAUGCUACUAUGUGUGUCUAAGAUCAUUUCCACCUGUUUUUCUCUCAAAUGAUUGUCUGCAAUAGGUCCUACUUUUGCAAGGCGCAUUUGAAGAGUUUUCUUUCCACUUGUAGGCAUGGUUGUCAUGGCGGUAAGUCGAGGCAUGGCGUCAGCCAACCGCCUUAUCGCCUAGGUGACAAUUAGGCCACUAGUCGCACCAUAUUUAAUAUUUAAAUAUGUAAAAAAAAUAAAUUUAACUGCA